UCGUCGAGACACAUAUAAAGGAGCGUCGGAUAAAAUUUCCAAAGCCGCGAAACCAAGCAAAGGCCAUGGGUCGCUUAGUCCUCUCUCACUUCCUCACCAUCUCCAACUCUUCUCCUCGCCUCGCUUCUUCCUCACUGCGCGCGCGUGGAUUUCAAAUCAGGCACUUGAAAGGAGCUAGUUCAAGUCCUCAGAAUUGGCUUCCGAGUCCACGAAGCUCCGCCGGAUUCCGAUGCUGUUGCAGCGUUUCGCUCGCGCAACCGGCUGUUUCCGAGAGUUCUCCGACCACUGUAAAGAAGAGAAUAGUGUCUGGAGUCCAGCCGACAGGUUCUAUCCACCUGGGGAAUUAUCUCGGUGCCAUACGAAACUGGAUUACAUUACAGAAUACAUACGAUACUCUCUUUUUCAUUGUGGACCUCCAUGCGAUUACAUUACCGUAUGAUGCACAACAAUUAUCCAGGGCAACGAGGGAUACAGCAGCUCUUUAUUUGGCAUGUGGAGUUGACACCUCGAAGGCAUCUGUCUUCGUGCAGUCUCAUGUUCGUGCCCAUGUAGAACUGAUGUGGCUUUUAAGUUCUGUAGCACCUGUUGGAUGGCUUAACAGAAUGAUUCAGUUUAAAGAGAAAUCACGCAAGGCGGGGGAUGAAAAUGUUGGUGUUGCUCUCUUGACUUACCCUGUUUUGAUGGCGUCUGAUAUUCUUUUAUAUCAGUCUGACUUUGUCCCAGUCGGUGAAGAUCAAAAGCAGCAUUUGGAGUUGACACGUGAGCUGGCUGAGCGUGUUAAUAAUUUAUUUGGAGGACGGAAAUGGAAAAAAUUAGGAGGGAGAGGAGGUGCACUUUUCAAGGUCCCUGAGCCUCUUAUACCACCAGUUGGAGCUCGAGUGAUGUCCCUUACUGAUGGUUGUUCCAAGAUGUCCAAAUCGGCGCCUUCUGAUCAGUCGCGGAUAAAUCUUCUUGACCCAAAAGAUGUAAUAGCUAACAAGAUAAAGAGGUGCAAAACAGACUCAUUUCCAGGCAUGGAAUUUGAUAAUCCAGAAAGGCCUGAGUGCAAUAAUCUUCUCUCAAUAUAUCAGCUCAUAUCGGGAAAGACAAAAGAGGAAGUUGCACAAGAAUGCCAAGAUAUGAACUGGGGCACAUUUAAGUCACUCCUGGCUGACGCGUUGAUUGAUCAUCUGUAUCCUAUCCAGGUUCGCUACGAGGAAAUCAUUUCUGAUGCAGCUUAUUUGGAUGGAAUUUUGGCAGAAGGUGCCACGAAAGCUUCAGAUAUAGCUGAUACUACUCUCAAUAAUGUUUAUCAGGCUAUGGGAUUCUUGCGGAGAUGAGCAGAACCGAUGCUGCAGGAAGAAUCCAUGUGAAAAGACCAGUAAGAUAGAGACUUAAAGUUUACUUUGGAUGAUGGAUGACCACCCCCCCCCACACAACUUUUUUCGGAGUAUAACAACCAUAAGCAUAUUCUUGAUGAGUGGAAAGUUAUUUAACGGAAAGGCCUCGAAUAUUAAUUGAUGUUGUUGCCUCUGUCCAGAUAGGUGUAUUUUUCAUUCAAUAUAAUUUUGUGAUUUUGCCUCUUUUAAAAUGUAUUAAAAUGUAGUAUAAUGUGACUAUCCGAUGAUUAAUAUUUUCUUUUCUUCCUACAA